AUGCCUUUCAGAAAUGGACACUACUGAAAGCUUUCCAUCAGGCCAUGGAUGUAUAUCAAGGUUUAACCUCAGAGCAGGAGCUGGCCACAGCUUUCAAAAUCUUUGAGUCAUUUGCCUUGUUCUUUUCCUCCCAGGAUUACCAAGUAGCAGCCAGUCAAGCACGGGAGGAGCUUCAGUCACUGGAAAGUGCUGAGCUGAGGAUUGCUGUCCCGGGGGAAACAGGCGCUGGGAAAUCCUCUUUCAUCAAUACCAUUCGGGGACUGAGACCUAGAGAAAAAGACGUGGCUGAAAUUGGGGUAAAUGAAACAAUGAUGAAACCUACACCUUAUCACUGUCUCCACUACCUCAGCGUCACAUUCUAUGAGCUGCCAGACAUUGGAUCCAUGAAUUACAAGCCAGAGAUCUAUCUGAGGGACUUGAACUCCAGCAUCUACGACUUCAUCAUCGUGGCCUCUGAGCAGUUCUGAUCUAGUGAUGCCGACCUAGUCUAGAAGGUCCAGGGGACGGAGAAGAAGUUCUGUUUUGCGCUGGCCAAAGUGGACAUAGACAUAGAGAAUGAAAGAAAAGCUUGUGGCAAAGCCUAUA